ACGCCCGUGUAUGAUGAUGGGGAUAUAGAGCUAUUCCUGGACGAUUUUCGGGGGUAUGCCGAGCGUAUGGGUUGGACCAUGGAUCAGACGAUUGAGUGGUUGGGAGGAGCUGGGAGGUUCACCGAGGCCAUCGCACAGAUUCGUAAGGAGGCGAGGACGUGGCCAGAGGUGGAGGCGAGGAUGCAGGAGUUACGACCAUCGCCUGUAGGACCUGGCGGCAGAUCGAUCCGCCUAGAGAUCGGGAAUGUGGAGGAUUUCAUCCCCGCCUUCGAGAAGUUCAUGCACGAUCAAGGCAUAUUGAGGGAUGAGUGGGCGAGGACGUUACCCCUAUGGACCAGAAAGGCAGAGAGACCCUUGGCUAGGCAGAUCAGAGAUAUGGCUCGGGACUGGGAGAGUUACAGGGCACCUUUGAGAGAGGCAUUUCGACGACCAGAGCCACCUCAGCCUAGAGUCGAGAGACGCCUGAGGAGCAAAAGGCAGAGGGACCCUGAGUCCAGAAAGGCCAGGCCAUCUCGAGGGGGACGGAAAGCACUCGCCAGGCGAGAGGAGGAGUUGGUCCUCGAGACUGAGGGGCGAGGGGCAUACCCUGAGUGCGGAUUGGGGCCGGUGGAGUUCCAUCGCUUUACUGAGGGAGGGCUGGGAGAAUCUCCACAGCACACACGGGAGGAUAUGCCAGCAUCUGGAGCGCUGCUGCAGGAGUUGGAGGCACAUUUAGAUGUCUCACAGUGGAGAGUACCGCCGAUGAGCGAGGGGCGUGACGAGACAGCAGGGGAGGUGCCACGAGAGGAGGUCCAGGACCCUGAGCGAGGUCGAGUACUGAGAGGGGACAUGCUGUAGAGGAGGUGAUAGAGGUUGAGGAGGAUACUCCCCCUCAAACGUCGGCCGUGGGAUUGAGACUGGGGAAUACGCCAGAAGGCGCACACGG